AUGCACAAUAUCAACCUCCUCAGUUUUCACCAGCCCCUCAUCCUUAUCAACAAUACCACCCUCAUCAAUCUCUCCCACCUCUCCAACCCCUUCAACCUCUCCAGCCUCUUCAAACUCCUCGGCAAAUCCAACAUCCGCAGCAAUUUGGACGAUCAUGACGAAAGCCUAACAAAAGACGGAAAACGGGACAUAUUUUCGCUCAGAAGAAGCAGAAUACCAUCGCCGGUUCUCAUUCACCAUGAGCCCCCUUUGAGGCGCCCUGCCAGUGGGCCUAAUGGAGUAUCGCUAAGAAGCGGCCAGAUACCUCGAGUCACAAGGAAGAAAGACCCGAAACCGAACCCUCGGGAAUGGUACGGGUCUCCACCAUCUCCCCCACAGAGUUGGGGUCCUAAGGAUAAAAAUGGCCGUCAUCUUUUCAAGUAUACGGAAUGCGGAGAGCUUGAGAGGGGUAAAAUGUAUACGGAACGCGAAAUACGCAGGUAUCUCUUCGGUCCCAAAAGGGACGACACGUUUCCGCCACCGACACGGUUGACUGGGGUACCAGAGGUGCAGGACAAGAUCCGCCAUGGUCUUACAUUAUGGAUUGGCUGGGUCGCGCCUCAGUCCAACGAUAGAUACCCCUUAGCAACCCAAUCCCAGAAGUGUCGAUUUGCCGACUGUGAGGACUCGCAGAAUACCAUCAGGACAGGAUUCCCGCGUAUUAUCCUUGAUGAGCGGAUGAACGACGACGGUGAAGUGAUUGAUCCGUACCACAAUGCUGGUUACAUGCAUCUAUAUUGCUUCGAGAAGCAUUUUGAUCUCAUCGACGCCCUCAUUCACCUUGACGUCCGCCCAGAUGAGAGGAAUUUCAAGCACGAGGAUAACCUCUUUAAGUUGACAAGACAAUACUCUGAAAUGCGGACCGUAGUCGAUCUAUGGUGGCACGACGAAUACCCAAAGUUCGUCGAGGCCAGAUCAAGGGGGAAAAGACGGGAUCAUAGCAGUUAUAAGACUUCCCUAAGCGCCCGGCUGGUUGCUUACGCACUCGAAAACAGCAGCGAUGCUCGUCUGAAGCUGCGCGAAGAGAGAGGCGGUGCCAACAUGUCGAAACACAAAGGGGACCUCGCCAAGCAAAAGUUUUUGAGGCAAUGCAGAAAUUUUGGAUUACUGGAUGAGAACGAUGAUCCGAUUCCCGGUGCUCAUGAACAGCUACCUGAGCUUAUGUCCAAAAAGCGCCAAGCAAAGAAAUUGGCUCGAACCGCUGGGCGUAGAGACGUUUCGCCGCCAUUAGAGUCUCCAUUUACACCAGUGUCAAUGGAGUUUCCAAGCGCCCCGGAAGCUCCACAACAAAGUACUCCUGAUAUAAACCCAGACGACGACCAAAAAACCGCGCUGCCUUCUAGACAGCCCUCGCCUGUAGAACACUGCUUCCCAAUACACCAGGGUCCGCCAUAUUCUUAUGAACCCCCAACAACAGCAAACCACAAUCAGUCAACACCGCCUUCUCCCACCAACCAGCAACCGAGUUCUAGCCCUAUAGAAAGUACAGCGCAUAAGCGAGACAGGGACGAAGUAUUGAUAGAAGAUCAAAACUUGGGCAUUCCUUGCGAGCCUGAUCAGGGAAAUCCAAAAAAGUUGCGGAUAAGCCCUCCAUUGUCACCCGCAAUGCCUGAGACCGUGUAUACCCAGACACCACGUUACACGGAUCAACAGGACGGCACCGACAGCAUACCUGGUGGUGGUUUACCGGAGGGAACGGAGGCAGGGUAUUUGCCAACCCCCUCUCCCUCUCCCUUCUCGCAUGAGUCUGUAGGUGUGAACAUGGGAUUUGAUGUUAAUGUUGAUAGCACAACGUCUGUGGACGCCAGUUUCACAAAGAGUGUGGAGCACACCUAUAACGAGGACAGAGAGGAAGCUCAGGUGACCUCGGUCGAGUUCUUGAUCAAUAGAGAAAGUAACGAGGGCGAUGAUCUUUUCGGUGGCCCUGCUGACGCGGCCGGACUCGCCGAUCCAGUGACCCUUUGA